AUGAAUUUUGCGCGGAACGCACCCACAAUCAAGGGGGUAGGGGGGCUGGGCAAUACCCAUACUGCUAGAGUGCUCAAUAAGUUCUUGGAGCUAAUCAGAGAGCACGGAAAUGCUGCCGACAUAUCUCCCUAUGUUCGACCUCGUCCGUCAGCUUAUUGGGGCCACCAUACCUAUUCGAAAUUUCGGAGGACUAAUGCUGGAAAGUCAACUUUUAUCUCUGCUAUAAUAGACAAUCUGGGAGGCAAAAUUGUCCGGACUGGCAAAAGAGCAGAACAAAGGGAUCAGGGAGUAACACGGGCGUUUAAUUUCUACCCUUGUGGUGGCCCUCUCAUCCCUCCGGAAAAGAAGGUGACGCUAGUCGAUAGCCCAGGCUACGGUGACAGGGGCACUGAGGAGACGGGCGAUUUUUUUCAAUCAUAUGUCAAGAGAAGAUCCAAUCUCAAGCUCAUCCUUCUUUUGAUCGAUGCUGAGCUGGGCAUGAACCACUACGACAAAUCAAUGCUCGAAUUCCUUUCUAGAACACGCCAGGAUUGUCGUCCUGACGUCCAAAUUCAGCCAGUCCUUUCCAAAGUAGACAAGGCAUCACACAGCAGCGUGAUAACUCGCCUCGGUCGUACGGCGGAGGACGUUUACCGUAUCGCACCUAAUGCAAGGCAACCAUUCGUCCUGGUUGGAUGUAAAGGGCAUAUGAAGAGACUAGGUAUUGAGGAGGCCAGGCUUCAAAUUCUUAUUGGGGCAGGUCUGGCUUCGCUGCGUCCAAAAUUGGCGAAAGUACCUGUUUCGUCUGCAACACCUCUAUUACCAGUAGCUUCGGCUUUCGGUAGUGGCGGCAUUCCGGAAAAGAAGUCGUGAUCAUGUUAGCAUGGGUCUCCUCGGCACUCACCUACCCAGGGACAACGCCCUCGACUCGUAAAGCUCUCUUAGUCGGGGCGACUCUUAUCUUAACAUAACAUCUUUCAAUAAAAUGCCGAAACUUUGAGGUGC